UACCCGAUCUAUUUUCCAUUCUAAUUAAAUUUGCUAUUAGUGCUAUUUUCCUUUAUCAUCAGGCCUACCAUAGUGAUCACAUUGUAUGUUUUGACGUGAAUAACUGAACGUUAAAUUUAUUUUGUUGAAGUGAAAUAAUUUUUAACGCGUCAAUCGAGAUGUGUGAUGUAGGCCUACCAUAAAUAAUCCAGAUGAACACUCACAUUUUUCGGCAAAGUUAGUUAACUUAAGUUUGGUUAGUAGGAAGGAAGUGCAAUUUUCAUGUUGGCCUAAAAUUAUGCUUGUUAGGAAGUGAAUAGUUCUUGUUAAUGCGUUGGGAAAUGUACUUUAGUAGUUGUGCACCAAGAGGACACCUUACUGGCUGAUAUUCUCAGACGCAGUGUUACUGGCGAGAUGUAUGUAAAGUAUGACCUCUCGAGUGCCUCCUCUACAUGCUCAUCACAUACGUACCCCAUGGGGCGGGCCACCCUCAGAGUCAUCGUCGGACCGCACGUACCACUGUCCCGCCGACUGUUACUCAGAACCCCCCGACAGUCACUGGUACUCAGCCCCUGCACGGACGCCCAGUCCUCACUACGAUGUGAUAGAAGGCCCCCGCCCACACACACAUACACACAGUCGCGUAGGGGGAAGCAGCAGAGCUGUCACGCCCGCCAGUACCGCUCACACGCACGAACCUGCCGUGGACCCGUGCGGGGGCCAUUGCACCGCCUUCGAGAACUUCUGCCACUACUGCCUACAGGUGCUGUUCAUAGCUGGUAUCCUGACAGGAAUAUCCCUGACCAUCGCAGGUAGUGUGCUCAAAGGACAGAAGAGAGGAGGAGACCUCAUGGUGCUGGUGUAUAUAGGCUGCCUUACUGCUAUGGUGUGUACACUACUUCUGUCAGUGCAGUGUUGUGUCAGACGCAAUGUGAAGCGUCGCAAGCGAGCACGUCGCGGCGGAGGCAUGGCAGGUGCUAUACCUCUGCAGGAGCUGCCCCCAUCUGCUCCCACAGCAGCUCCGCUAGCCCCGCCUGUGCUAGCCAUGCCUGGCCAGUACGAGCCAUUAUUGCGGAGACUAGUGGAGCAGCAUGACCAAAGAUAUGUUCCUCAGGUCGUAGGACCGGCUGCAAGAGCGGACCGCAGUGGCACACCGUGGUGGAGACGGAACCCUCCGCAAACUCGGCAGUUGCCUCACUCACACAUACAGAUGCCUCUAUGAUAUUGGUGCUUACGAUUACUACUGCGAUAUAUAUGUUGUUGUGUAAUGCACCUAGGAUUGUCUCAUCGCCUUUAAACAGUCUUGAGAUCAGAGAUAAAUGUUUUAUUGAGGGUAAGUUAAGUAAGUUUUGACCAAAUUGUUGCCUUUUUGGGAAGAUUGUUGGAAAAGUCAAGAUAUUUCAAAUUUAAGUUAUGAAGUUAUUAAGUUUACACUGGAUAUACAAGGUCUAUAGAGAAAAUAGGGGUAUUGUUUGUUUACCAUACGUGCAUACCUAAAUAUUGUCUUUGAUUCCUAUUGUUCCUGAUUGGAGGAGUUGUCAACCUCUCUCAAUUUUCUUUCCUCAAUAACUCCUCGUCCAUCUACCAUUUGACUCCUCUUAUCCACACCUCUCUUCACAAUCGCGACGAAACGUCCAUCCAUCUUCCUUUAGGUCUUUCUCUCUCUCUCUCUCACAGUUCCCAACACACUCCUCACAGUCAACUCUAUUUCAAUAAAAAUACACAUUAUUACCUUUGCUGUAGCAGCAAACCUUUAUGCUGGGGGUAGCACAGAUUAUAAGGGUAUAUUUUAUUGUAAAUCAAACCAGGUAAAUAGAAAUUCCCCUAGUCUGCAAUUUUGCUGCGGCUAGAUAAUUUUUUAAUUUUAAUGGCAGUGGCACUUGAUUAAAAAGUACUAAAUAAGGGGAAAUCUGUCAAAAUCUCUGCAGUUUUUGGUAUUCUGGGGAUCGAAUUUCUCACUUUCUUACAAAAGGCAUUUAUCUACUUUCUGAAUAUACCAUGUAAUUAACUAUAAAAUGCAAGAUCAAAAAAUUAUGCUGCUAAAAAUGUUGAGCAUCCCUAUGCCAACCUUUUUAAACUAUCAAACAAUCCAAGGUGCAUAUUACAUUUUCUUUAUAAUGUAUAUAUUUUAUGAAAGACUGACUCGUGUUUUCAAAUGGUAACUUUGCUACCAUACCUACUUUUCUUCCUUGUUGGUUUUUUUGAGUACUCGCCCACCCAUAGUUUUUAACGUAUGUUAAUGUGUUAUUGUAUUUUAUUGAAUUUAUACAAUGUUGAAAGUAUUUACUGUUCUUUGAACAAUUUCUCAAUAUAUCAUAACCAAGACUACUGUGACUGAGACUUUUUUCUAGCAUGACCACAGUCACAGUCACAGAUAAAAAAAUAGUUAAGCUAAGACUUAUCAUGUCUUUUAAUAAGUGUAACUUGCAUUAAUUUUGUUUUAUACUCAACUGGUUUAGUAUAAUUUGAUUUUAAACUUUUAAAUAUUUACUCCAUGUGUACUUUUAUGUUACAGUUUAAAUCUAUUUAAAUUUAAAAAAUACAAUUUAAUACCAACAUUACACGUUACCUUAUAGUAGUUAUAAGUAAAAUCUUUGUGAGUUAUUCAUUGGAUACACACUAAUGUGUAAUUUGUACAUAGCUUGAAUAUGCCUUGAAAUAAGCCUUAUGAAAAUAUUCUCAAUUUCUUCUUAGUUUAAGAGCCAAUCACCUAAAUGAUAAAAUAUUUUGGAGUUUUAUCCAUGAAAAGUGUGAAAAUUUGGGAAAAAAAUAGACCUAGGCGUUUGAGUUCAGUUUGUAGAAUUGUAAAUUUUCACAUACAGCAUUCUUUCCUUUUCUUGCAUCUCUGUCAGUGGCAAUGAGAGGUUAUAAAUAAAUGAAAACAUAACCUCUCUUAGAAGUUAUGAGUAGUGAUUUUUAAUAAUUAAAACUCUGUAGUAGGUAAAGUAGUGUACGCAACUCGCAAAAAACAGUGCUAACGACACUCCUAUAAGUUUUUAAGGCACAUGCCAAGGCUCGUACCUUAAAUUUUUUUACUUGUCUCGUUAACACUAUUUGUAAGCAAUCGUUGCGUUAACUACUAUUUCAUCACACUCCGCAAAAAGUCUCUUUUCAACCCUCGCUUAUUAUCUUGUUAUUUUGAUAAUGAAAACUUAAGCUUGGAUUGAAAAGAGUCACUUUACGGCCUGGGCCUAGUGCUUUUUAUUACUUUUUCCUUAACUAUUGUGCUAAUUAAUUGUGUCAUCUAGGUUAUUGGCUCUUAUCUGAGAUUGCUUGGAUAUAAGCACAAAUCCUUUGAGUUUAGGAGAAGUUUUCUAGUCUAUUUAUUUAAAAUGUAAUUUUUAUAAGAAUAAUUAAUCUGUAUCAUAUUGUUUAGUAUAAAAUAUUAUGUACUAAUUUUAUAAAGCUUAUAUUGUAAUAAAACAUUUGAAUGUAUA